AUGACACGAAAUUCAAGACAGCUUUAUAAUCAACGUAGACGUAUUUUAAAAAAAUAUGCUACUUUUCAAAGUCAUAAAUGUACAUUGAAACAAAAUAAUUUAUAUACACAGAACUUGAAAGAGUUUCAAAAAAUUAUUCGAGAAGGACCUGAUUAUGUAUGUUUAUCAUGUGGAUUAGCACUAUUUCGUAAUCAGGUUAUACCAUUUGUUGAAGAAAAGUAUAUAAAACAAAACAUGUCAUAUGAAAUAAAAAAUCGUAUUCAAUCUUACUUUAUGUAUUCCUCGUCAAGAGAACAAAAAUGGAUUUGUAAAUCAUGUUCAGACAAAAUAAAGAAACGACAAAUGCCAAGCCGAGCAGUCGUGAAUAAAUUGAAAGUUUGUGAAAUUCCAUCUGAAUUAAAAAGAUUAAAUAAUCUUGAAAAACAUUUGAUUGCUUUACGAUUACCUUUUAUGAAAAUUGUAAAUUUAACAUCAGGAAAAUUAUCGAGUAGAUUGUCACAAAAAGGUACUAAAGGGCCACUUCAUUGUGUGCCAUCAGAUGUAGAAGACACUGUAACUACAUUACCUCGUCCAGUUGAUAAGUCGAUGAUGGUUCGAUUACAACUGAAACGACGACUAAAAUACAAAGCUAUAUGGGAAGAACAAUUAAUAAAUCCAAAUGAUGUAAGAGAUGCACUAUUUGUUUUAACUAAGAUGCAUCCAGGAUAUAAAAGUAUAAAGAUAAAUGAUAUUCAUGAAAAUUAUCUUACAUCUGAUCAAGAAAAAAACUAUGACAAUAACAUUGAGUUAGUAGUUGAACCAAUGGAUGUUGACAACAUAUCAGAAGAAACUGUCAUUGAACAAACAGAAGUAUCUAAUGAAAAUAGUCUAAAAAGAUUAGCUUUGGGUGAUAUUGAUAAUACUAUUGACAGUGAUGAAGAAAUCAAUGAAGAUGAUAAAGAUAUUCGUACUAAAUAUAAUAUUGGCACAGAUUCAUGUACUCAACCAUGUGAUUUUAAUGAUUUUUUAGUCUUUGACAAAGAGCCAUGUGUAGUAGCACCAGCUGAAAAAAAUAAAUUAAGUUCAUUAUUAACAGAUAAAACAAUUGAAGCAUUAGCCUUUCCUCAUUUAUUUCCAGAUGGUCAAGGCUCAUAUGACGAAGAUCGUCAAACAAUUCUUAGAUGGAAAGAGUAUUGUAAAGCACGUUUAUUUUCAUCAGAUUCUCGUUUUGCUUCAGAUUCAAGUUACAUCUUUUAUCUACAGUAUUUAGGUGACUUGAAACAAGUAUACUCCGGAAUCAAUAUUGCUUUCCGAAAAAAAUUACCAAUGAAUGCUAAACAAAGCUUAGAUGAAAUGCAAAUGAAAUUUCUUAUGAAUAAAGAUAUGAUAUAUCGUCAUUUGCAAUGUGUUCGAGGUAGUCCACAAUAUUGGUAUAAACGUUUAAAAGACUUAUUCGGAAUGACACGUCAACUAGGUUUUCCAACCUUUUUUCUUACACUAUCAUGUGCUGAUCUACGUUGGAAAGAAUUCACUGAUACUUUUGUACGUCACACUGGAGCUCCAAUAAAAGAAUCAUAUACAUUUAAAGAAAAAACAAAGCUUUUACGUGCGAAUCCUGUUCUAGCUGCACGUUUGUUUGAAAAACGAUUUAAUACAUUUAUGAAUUUAUUUAUUAAAGGUGGAGCAUCGUGUCUAGGCAUUGUAGAAGACUGGUUUGCUCGUAUAGAAAUGCAAAUGCGAGGUUCACCACAUUCUCACAUGCCACUUUGGGUAAAAGGUGCACCUGUUUACAUUGGAUUACAAACCGAUGAAAAAACUCGUGAGGAAAUCGUUAAAUUUUGUGACAAAUAUAUUACGACACGAUUCCCAUCAUUAGAAGAAGAUCCAAUAUUACACUAUCUUGUCAAAGAAUUACAGACUCAUUCUCGUAACCAUUCAAAGUCUUGUUUAAAAUUGUAUAAAAUGUUGUGCCGUUUUGGAUUUCCUCGGCCUGUUGCUCGACGGACAUUCAUUUGUGAACCAUUAAAAGCUAAGAAUGAUGAUGAUAAACAAAAAUUUAAAAGAAUGAAAGAAAUUCUUACUGAAAUGAAUGCAACGAUGAAUAAAUUAGAAAAAGAAAAAAUUUUGUCAUGGUCGGAUUUUGAUAAUCUUCUAGCAAAGUAUAAUUGGACCUAUGAGGAUUACGAAUGUGCUCUUCGUGUUGUUCAUACUAGAACGACCAUGAUUCAUAAAAGAGAACCUAAUGCACGAUGGGUUAAUCAAUAUAAUGAAGAAAUAUUGAGAACAUGGAAUGCUAAUAUGGAUAUUCAAUUCGUACUUGAUCCAUAUGCUUGUGCAAAAUAUCUUAUGUCAUAUACAACAAAACCAGAACGAGAAAUGAGUUUAUUAUUAGAAGCAACUCAUAAAGAAUGUCGUGAAGGAAAUAUGUCCGUUCGAGAAGAAAUGAAAAAAUUAACAGGUACAUUUUUUAAUCAUCGACAAGUCAGUGUACAGGAGGCUAUUUACCGUGCAACUAAAAUGCCACUAACAUAUUCAAGUCGAGGUUUUGUUUUUGUACCAGCACAUUCAAAUAGUUGUAAAUUUUUAAAAUCACAAAAUAUAUUAAAAGAAUUGGAUCCAGAUGACGAAAAUAUAUAUAUGUCUAACUUAGCUGACAAAUAUUUUGAUAGACCAGAAGAACCGGAAUUCGAUAUUUGUAUGGCAGAUUUUGCUUCUGAAUAUGAAAUCAUAUCGAUUAAUAAAAACAUUAAAAAUCCAAAGACUCCAAUUAAACGAUUACAAACAUUAAAUUUUGCUAUUAAGAAACGUUGUAAUCGUAAUGCUAUUAUACGUUAUCCAUAUUUUAAUCGAGAAACAGAUAGAGAAAAUUAUUUUGAAAAUCUUCUUUCUCUCUAUUUACCGAUAAGAAGUCGAAAUGAAUUGAAAAAACCUUAUGAAUUGUUUUAUGAAAUAGGUGAAAUAUUUGAUGCUCGACAACAAUGUAUAAGAAAAGUAAAAGAAGUUGUCUAUGAAAAUCGAAAAAAAUAUGAAGCUCAUUGGAAAGAAACAGAUGAAGCGGAAUCAUUAUUUAAUCAAUUAUCCGUAGAUAUGAAAGACAACGAAUGGGCUGAAAUUGUUGCUAAUAAAGAAAAGGAUAAUACAUGGUCAGGAGAUAUUGAACGAGAAGAUAAUCCCGAUUUUAAUAUUAUUCAUAAAAGAAAAAAUAAAAAUACGUUCAUUGACUUGAAGCAAACUUUUGCUACUACAGAUGAAAUAAGACCCUUCUUAGAAUCGAUGAACUAUGAACAACAAGAAGUAUUUUAUUAUGUUCGAGAAUGGUGUACAAAACGUUUACAUAAUCCUGAUGUCGAACCUCUUCGUUUGUUCAUUACGGGAGGAGCAGGCACAGGUAAAAGUCAUCUUUUGAAAUGUCUUCAUUACGAAGCAACAAAAAUUUUUUCUCGUAAAAAACAUUUAGAACCCGAUGAGAAUAUUGACGAGAUUCAUACAUUGAUUACAGCUUUCACAGGUGCAGCAGCUGUCAAUGUUGGUGGAGUAACUAUUCAUAGUGCAUUCGGUAUUGGAACUCAAAAUAAUACUUUAAGUGAUAAUUUAUCUUGCGAUAAAUUAAAUAGUUAUCGUUGUAAGUUAGGUACACUUAAAUUAUUAUUUGUUGAUGAGGUUUCUCUUAUACAAGCCGGUUUAUGGGGUGCUAUGCAUUCUCGUCUUACUCAAAUCAUGGGUAUACAUUCGAAUACAGCUAUUUUUGGUAAUGUUGGUAUAGUUGCUAUAGGUGAUUUUUAUCAAUGUUCACCAGUAGCAUCUUCAAGUAUUUAUUCUUCUUUACUUUGGUCUGAUCAUUUUGAAUAUGUUGAACUUAAAAUCAAUGAAAGACAAAAAACAAACAUUUUUUUCUCACAAAUGCUUAAUCGUAUUCGAAAAAUUAAAAAAAAAGAAGAUAUGAGUAAAGAAGAUCGUGAUGUGCUUGAAAAAUGUCAUCAACGUUAUUUGAAUAAAGAAUAUCAUCCAGAAGCAUUGCAUCUUUUUGCUAGAAAUGCUCAGGUUGAUGCACAUAACGAAGAAAUGAUUGAGAAAAUUUG